GGUCCCACAGUAAAGAUGGCGGACGCGUCGGGGACCGAGCUGUCAGACGAGAAAGAGAAAGAAGCGGACACUGAGCGCAAAAACAAACAACAGACGCGACCGUGGCAGGAUGCGAGCAAGUCGGGGAAAGUCGUCAUUUCUUCACCACUGCCCGAGACUUUGGGCAUUUACGACAUUAGCGCUGACAUCAGGCACGAGCGAAGGGACCACUCGCCAGACACAUCGCUGACGCGCUUCAUCUGCACGGAGCUGACCCGAGGCUACUUCCUGGAGCACAAUGAGGCCAAGUACACCGAGCGUCGGGAGAGGGUUUACACGUGCAUGCGCAUCCCCAAGGAGCUGGAAAAGUUGAUGAUCUUUGGCUUCUUCCUGUGCGUGGACGCCUUCUUGUACGUGUUCACGCUGUUGCCCCUCAGGGUGCUGCUGGCACUGCUCCGCCUCCUCACCCUGCCCUGCUGUGGCUUCAGGGCACGCACAUGCCCCUACUGCAGAAGAAGCAGUGGGUCGAGGCUGCUGCAGCCUGCGCAGGUGUGCGACAUGCUGAAAGGCCUCAUCCUGGUGCUGUGCUUCUCCAUGAUGCACUACGUGGACUACGCCAUGAUGUACCACCUGAUCAGAGGGCAGUCGGUCAUUAAGCUCUACAUCAUCUACAACAUGCUAGAGGUGGCAGAUCGCCUCUUCUCCUCCUUCGGCCAAGACAUCCUGGAUGCUCUCUACUGGACCGCCACGGAGCCCAAAGAGCGCAAGAGGGACAGCAUCGGGGUCAUCCCUCACUUCCUCAUGGCCGUCUUUUAUGUUUUCCUCCACGCCAUCCUCAUCAUGGUCCAAGCCUCAACGCUAAACGUGGCUUUCAACUCGCAUAACAAGUCCCUGCUCACCAUCAUGAUGUCCAGCAACUUUGUGGAGAUCAAAGGCAGCGUAUUCAAGAAAUUUGAGAAGAACAACUUGUUCCAAAUGUCCAACAGCGAUAUCAAGGAGCGCUUCACCAGCUACGUUCUCAUGCUCAUCGUGUGUCUGAGAAAUAUGGAGCAGUUCUCAUGGAACCUGGAGCACCUGUGGGUGUUGUUCCCUGACGUCUUCAUGGUCCUCACCUCCGAAGUGGCCGUGGACGCCAUCAAGCACGCCUUCAUCACCAAGUUCAAUGACAUCACAGCAGACGUUUACAGCGAAUACAGAGCCAGUUUGGCCUUUGAUCUCGUCAGCAGUCGCCAGAAGAAUGCCUACACGGACUACAGCGACUCAGUGGCCCGCCGGAUGGGCUUCAUCCCGCUGCCUUUGGCCGUGCUACUUAGCCGGGUGGUCAUGAGUUCAGUCAAGGUGCGAGGGGCGCUGUCAUACACUUGUGUGUUCCUCUUUUAUCUCGGACUGGUCACACUGAAGGUGCUGAACAGCAUCGUGCUGCUCGGCAAGUCGUGCGUGUACGUCAAGAGGGCCAACAUGGAGGGCAAACUGUUCCAGAAGCCCCAUACCACGGCACCCUCUUCGCCCAAGAUCCCGAACAACAAAGCCGACCACGCCCCGGCUCCAAAAUCCUCAGGUGACGCCAAGCCGAACCCGAACCCACCAUCCAUCCCUCCUUCCUUCUCAUCCUCCCCUUCUUCAGUGAUCACUCAGCCAGCACCAAGGUGGGACUUUCCCCCGCCUCCUGUCGAGUCCUCGGCGCCUCCUCCUCAUCAGCCGCCUCCCGCACCUGAACCCCAGCACCCUGCUCCCUCGCCCCCCAGAGAGGAGCAGGCGCACGGGCCAGAGGGGAGGCCCGAGGCUCCCAAAAAGGACCUGCUGGAAAUUGACCGCUUCACCAUCUGCGGCAACCGCAUAGACUGAAUAAAAAGAGACAGGGAGUAUUUAUUGAAGCAAGAAAAGUAAGUUAUUGGACGCGCAUUGUGGUUAUUUCCUGUCAUUUUGAGACAUUUCAUGACAGGAAGAUAGAGCGGAUUGAUAAUCAAUAAUGUGUGGUAGCUGGAUCUGAAAGGACCACAUGAGCACAGCUGGAACACCUGCAAAAGGUGGCCGGGGGACUCUCAUUCCGCGAGAGACUCAAAAAGAUUCCCGUCCUGAAUGUCACGACGCUGCACAAGAUGGGGUUUACGCUUUCUGAAGAUCGUGACGACGAGUCACGCUUAUGUGUUUGGUUUGAGAUUUUAUGACAUUGUGUUUUUUCAAAGACGAGCUAAGUUUCCAGCGAACGCUAGAGUUUACGCAGCUCCCAUGUUUGUAGCCGCUUUCACAAAGGGAGCAUGCAAAAUGGCCAACACUUUCACACAGAGACCAUGCAAAGUUAUUACCUGGGUCACACAGAGACCCUGCAAAAUCACCAUCUUUGACAGUGACAACUUACAAAAUGACUGCCUCUUCAACACAAAAAUCCAACAAAAUUACCACCACUUUCAUACAGAGACCCUGCAAAAUCAUAGCAUUUUUUUUUUUACAACGCAGAUCUUGCCAAAUUAGGGAUGCUCUUACACAUUGAUUCCUGCAAAAUGAACGUUGCUUUCAUAUAGCCCUUGCAAAAUUACCACCUUUCACACAGAGACCAAGCCAAAUGAGUGCCUCCUUCACCCAGAGACCAUGCAAAGCUCCUGCCUGGUUUACACAGAGACCCUCCAAAAUACCCGUCAUAUUCAAUUCAUACACAAAAACAGCAUAAUUACUGUCUCUACAUCGCAAACACUGCACAAUACGUUUUUUUUUCCACAAAGACCCCUUAAAAUUAAUGCUUUUCACAGUCCAUAAUUAUAGCCUCAGUCAAACAGAUCUGCCAGUUUUACACAGAACCAUGCAAAAUUAAUGCCCCACUCAUAGUGAUCCUACAAAAUUCUAACCUUGUUAGCACAGAGCCCAGAUGGCUGUUUCAUACAGAGACUCUGCAAAAUGGACCUUUGUCCUUCACAAAGUGAUGAAGGAAAAUUAGCAUCUCUUUUACAAAGACCUCACAAAAUUACUUUCAUACACACACAUACCAAAUUAACAUCCGUUUCAAACAGGUGAUGCAAAAUCACUGCCUCUUUCACACAAAGACCCUGAAAAAUGACUGAACCUUUCACACAGAGAUACCGCAAAAUGAGCGCCUCAUUCACCCAUGCUUUCAACUUUGUGAGUACACUUUCUCCUCUUCCCAGUGCACAAAUCAAGGUCCAUAAAGACAUGCCGACAUGUGUGGUGUGGAAGAUCACGCCCAGAGUGAAAGCUGCUCUUACUGCAAAAUGGCAGACCAACUCUUGUGUUUUCUUCCAUUUUGACUUCCUACCAUCUGUCCCAAUACAUUUCUCCAUGAGUGUUAUGGCUGAUGGACCAAACUUGCUUGUUGCCUUCAUGAGCCUUUGCCCAUCAUGUUUACAUCCUUUUCAUGGUUUGCACAAUGAAAGCUUUUUAUUUGGACUGUGUUCACAUUUACUUCCAUUGCAAUGAAAUGAUAUUUUGUUUCCUGCUGAAUGAAUGAAUAAUCCUCUUUUUGUUUGAUGCAAGAUGUGACAUAUCAAGUGUGAUUUAUUGAUUUAUUUAAUCUUAUUUAAGGUACUUUCCUGCCAUGUUGGGGAUACGUAAGACUUUAUGUACAUUUGGGAGUAAAAUCUCUGUCACGUUUAUUGCCAUUGUAAUAAUGUGUUAAAAAUAUAUUUUCGGGGGAGGUACGACUUGUGAUAUGAUCAUAACUGAGCUUGUUUUGUGUCCAUGGCAUAUUUUGUGAAAUUAAAAAAAA